AUGAGCCAAGAGAUCGAAAACAAGAAAUACUCGCCCGACUCGAGUACAACUCAUAUAAUGCGCAAAUCUCACACCAAUAUGGAAACAUCUGAUACGAUCCGAUACAUCCGACGAAAGGAAGAAAUUGAGCAAGUUUCUCGGCCGGCUCCGCCCCCUUAUAUUGGUCAAGCAAUUCCACGUGUUAAACCGAUUAAAACAUUUCAAAAACAAGCAAAUAACAAUUCAGUGGGAGAGAGUAGUCGUCCAACAUCCCGUCGUUUCGAUACAUUCGGAGAAAAUGCGCUUGAAACGAUUUAUGACCAAUUCAAGUUUCUGGAUGAGUCAGAAGAGCCGCACACCGCGGCGCAGACACCAACUUCUGUCAAUAGUUCACGGCCAAUUAUGGCAUCGAAUAUGAAGUUAGUGAAGUUUGAUAGAAGAUUAAUUAAUUAA